GUCGCGCACCGCCAUCAUCUCCACCACACAGGUCGGGGCCGGCCCAUGGACUGGGCCUGUAUUGGGACAACAGCAGGGCAUCCCAAUUAAGGUCAUUUAGACCCACUAAAAACUUGGCCCAGCCCAGUUAAUCAGCGAAUCUGGUAACGCAUCCUUCUCGUGCUGAAACAGUGAAUCCAGGCACUCGAUCCGUCAGAGGGAGCGAGCAAUGGAGGAAGAACUGAGAUCGCUUCUCCAAGAUCUUGAAACCCUCAAGCGAUCUGUACCCGAUCCCGAUCAAAAUGAUUCCAUCAACAAGUUGCAACAAAGAGUAGAUAAAAUCAUGAGCAUGUCGAAAUUGGGGUCCGCCCGGCGAUCGAAAGUCAAGGAUAUGAGUGCCGAGGUGGUGGAUAGCAACCCCUAUAGUAGACUAAUGGCACUUCAACGAAUGGGUAUUGUGCAGAACUAUGAAAGGAUACGAGAUUUCUCGGUCGCGAUAGUAGGAAUUGGUGGGGUAGGCAGUGUUGCUGCAGAAAUGCUUACGCGGUGUGGGAUUGGUCGGCUCUUGUUGUAUGAUUAUGACACAGUGGAGUUGGCGAACAUGAAUAGGCUUUUCUUUCGUCCAGACCAGGCUGGCAUGACCAAGACAGAUGCUGCUGUUCAGACUCUUUCAGACAUUAACCCUGAUGUUGUACUAGAAAGCUAUUCAUUGAACAUCACGACUGUAAAAGGUUUUGAAAUUUUUAUAGAGAGUCUUAAACGAAAUCAGAAGCAAGGUGCUAACACUGGAGUUGAUCUUGUAUUGAGUUGUGUUGAUAAUUAUGAGGCUCGCAUGGUUGUAAACCAGGCAUGCAAUGAGCUGAACCAGACAUGGAUGGAGUCUGGUGUAUCUGAGGAUGCUGUUUCUGGUCAUAUCCAAUUGCUGAAUCCUGGAGAAACAGCUUGUUUUGCAUGCGCCCCUCCUCUGGUUGUAGCAUCUGGUGUAGAUGAACGCACACUUAAGCGUGAGGGAGUAUGCGCUGCAUCUUUACCAACUACUAUGGGCGUUGUUGCUGGUCUCCUAGUGCAGAACACACUUAAAUACUUAUUGAAGUUUGGACAAGUUUCUCCAUAUCUGGGAUACAACUCGCUAAAGGACUAUUUUCCAACAAUGGAGAUGAGGCCAAACCCUCAAUGUUCAAAUUCAGCAUGUCUUGAACGACAGAAGGAAUAUGCCCAAGCAAAGCCAGCUAGAGAUGCCUUAGCAAAGGCAAAACUGGAAGCUGAAGCAUCUUUAAGUAAUGAAGGUCCACUUCACGUUGAUAAUGAAUGGAACAUAAGUGUUGUAGACAUUGACAGUGAGAAGACAUCUGCUGCAAGCAGAAGUUCCGAUGCCCUUCCAGAAGGUCUCAUGCAUGAGCUUCCGAGCUCCGAUAGACUUCAAGAAUCACCAUUAGCCCAGGAGACCAUCACCAUCAGUGAUGAUCUCGAGGAUCUCCAACGGCAACUAGAUGCCCUCAAUGCAGCUUGACUUUACCCAAAGACUUUUAACAUUCCCCUGUAUUUUGUAUUCAUUUCUGUAACUCGGCUGAUCAAUUAUAUCAAUCAAAUUCCCCCUCGUAAAAUUAAAGAAUGAAGGGGGGGGGGAGUGGUAAUACUUAACCAAACUAGCGAACCUGUCCCUUAGCCUAGGCUAUGAAAAGAGGGACUGUGCAUCUUGACAUGGUUUUAAUUUUGUUUGAUAGGACGCUAAAGGAAUUCUGAAAAUGAGAGCGUGCGAUUAGUUUUCGUCUAUGCCUUCAUUCUGAGAAGGAGAUGCUUGUUGGCUAUUCUUGUAUUUUGAUGAAUUAAUUACUCUACCGAACCUGUUAUUGUGAA